AUGAAUGUUGGAUCAAUCUUGAAUAAUGAUUCACCUCCAAGUGAUCACGAACGAGAAGCAUCACCCACAGCCCCACUCCCAAUGAGACAACCUCUACCUCCCCAAUCCACUUCAGCAAGGUCAUCAGUUUCCAGCACUGGAAGACCUUCAAUGGCUUCAGUUCACCAACGUCAUUCAAUCACAAAUAUGUUGAAUGAUACACCUGCUGAACCUCCUGUUAAACAAGAAGAGUCUUUUGAGAUCAAAAAGCCAGAUAUAGGAUUGUUCACUACCCCUACUUUGCUGCAUAAGCCACCUCCUGUAACAUCCCCUUUUAUUAAGAGAAAUUCAAUUGCUGAUAUCACCAAUGAAAAUGAUAUUGAUAUUACUACUGGUGAAAUACUAGAGAGUAAACCCAAAGGAAUCCCCAGUGAAAGCGAAGAAGAAGAGGAUGACUUGACUAAAAUCAAAAAGAAACUAAGCUCAAUGAAACCAAAACGAUAUGAGACGCCUCCUAUAUGGGCUCAGCAAUGGAUCCCACCAAAUCAACAAGGCGCUGAAAUCCAAUUGGAAACAAAUGAACCUACUAAUGGAAAUGUACAGCAUACCAAACUUUCCGAUAAACAUGUGUUUGAUUACACAACUACAAGAAGUGUCGAUUUGCAAUGUAGUAUCACUGGUGUGAUUCCACCUGCUUCCGUAACUCGGACAAUUGCUGAAUGGAUUUAUGCCAAUUUCUCCAACAUUGAAGAUCGUAAUCGUAAAUACGUUGAAUUGGAAUUAAAGUUUGGGAAAAUAAUAGAUAAACGAACUGGUAAUAGACUAAAUGUUAACGUGGUCACUGAGUGUAUUUUCACCGAUCAUUCAAAUAUCCGUUAUGAUAUGCAAGUUGAAGAAAUCGCAUGGCAAGAGGUACGGAAAUUCUUUGAAGAAUUGGAAAGAAAUUACCAAGAAGAACACAAGGGACAUAAACAAUCAGGACCAAGAAGAAAGUUCAAUAUGUUGGAAUCAGAUCAAACUGAUUCUUUCUAUCAGAUUGGAGGCAAGGGUGAACAUAUUAAGAAGGUGAGAGUUUCGAAAGACAACGAAAUAAACCCUCCUAGAUAUGUUGCUAUCCAAAAGGAAAGAAUAUCGGAUUUGUACAUUCACAACCCCUCUUCGAUGUAUGAUCUUCGGUUAUCUCUUUCUUUGGAAAUUCCAGUUCCCGAAAACAGUAUUGAGCCAAUAAUCACCAAGAAUAAGCCAAGCUUGGUUCGGGAAAAGAAGAGAACAUCAUGGACUCAUGCACCCACCAUUACUCAAUUUGAUUUGACUCGAGUAUUGGUUCCUUUAGAAUCCAAGAAUAAACAAGGUAAGAAGAUUAUAACCCACGAUAUAACCUAUGAGAUUGAAUUAGAAAUAGAUACAUUGGAAGUGUUUAAUGCUAUUGACAAGAUCACUCAAGGUACUGAUAAUUUUAGACUUGAAGAGUUGGUUGAAGUGUUUGUUAACAAUGCUCGUGUUAUAAACAACAGAGUGACAAAGCUUGCGGUGCCUUAG